AUGUCUCAGAUCAAAGUUGGUGACUACCUCUUCCGCCGUCUUCACGAGCUCGGCAUCCGCUCAGUCUUUGGCGUUCCAGGAGACUACGAACUUGCCCUCCUGGAUCUCGUCACAGGCAACGACCUCGUCUGGAAGGGUAACCCUAAUGAACUCAUCUCUUCUUACGCUGCAGAUGGCUAUGCUCGUGUCCGUGGCGCGGGAGCCUUUGUCACCACCUUCGGUCCUGGUGAACUAUCCGCGUAUUGUGGUAUGGCUGGCCAAUACGCGGAAUUUGUUCCUGUUGUGCAUAUCGUUGGCUACCCAACUGUCGAUGCUGUCCGCAACAGGAGAAUCAUGCAUCACAGUCUUGGAAACGGGAAGUUCGACAUGUAUGAGAACAUGGCUAAGAACAUCACCGCUGCAACUGUCGUGAUCAACUAUGCACCUACUGCGGCCCGAGAGAUCGAUGAAGCGCUUACUGUUAUGAUGCGUGAGAGUAGGCCCGUCUAUAUCGGGCUCAGCGUCGAUAUUGCGUACGAAAUGAUUGAUGCCGAGGGGCUCAACGUCCCAAUUCCUACCGAGCUGCACCCAAACGAUUCAGGUGCUGUGCGCAACGGUGUACUCGAAGAAUCGCAUGAGCUGAUCAAGUUGACCAACCUCCCAACCUUUACUACCGCGAUGGGCAAAGGGGGCCUUGAUGAAGCCAUUCCCCAGUUCGCAGGUGUCCACUCCGGGGCUGGCACUCUGCCCGCCGUGAAAGAGGCGCUUGAAUCUGUUGACACAGUCAUCUGGAUCGGCAACUAUCCUUCUGAUUUCAACACGGGCGAAUUUACGACUGUUGUAAACAAGGAUGCCAUUGUUAUUGGCCUCCAACGUUUCGCGGUUUCGAUUGGCAAGAUCCAGUACCCGGUCUCAAUGAAGCAUAUUCUGCAACGCCUCGUCAAUUCUCUUCGUUCGAACCCAAUUUCCAUGGCUUCGCGACACAUAACUUGGGAUCCAUAUCCAAAGUUCAACUUUCAGGCCAGCGACGACCUGAAGCAAGAUUUCCUCUGGGGCACACUCAGCUCCUUUUUCCGCCCCGGUGAUGUUAUCAUUGGUGAGACCGGUACCUCCGCUUUCGGCCUGUGCGAUACCAAACUCCCCAGCGGAGUGAUGAUGUUCAACCAAACCGUAUAUGGCAGUAUUGGGUAUGCUACUGGUGCCAUCGUUGGAGUUGGUCAGGCUAUCAAGGAAAGCGAAGGGAAGUGGAAGAGGCCUGUCCUCGUCACUGGAGAAGGCUCCAUGCACCUCACUAUUCAGGCACUGGCAGAUAUGCUGCGGUGGGACCUCAAGCCAAUCAUAUUCGUGCUCAACAAUGGCGGAUACACAGUCGAGCGUCUCAUUCACGGCAAGGAAGCCUUUUAUAAUGAGGUCGCAGUUCUGGACUAUUCCAUGCUCGGCAAGACUUUCGGACCAGCAUUCGAAUCCAAAUACCACGGUCCUAUCAAGACUUGCGGAGAGCUAUCGUCACUCCUUCGAGACCCCAACUUUGGCAAUGUAGGCUGCCUUGAGUUGGUCGAACUCAUCUUACCUCCUCUCGACGCACCUUCUGCUGUCAUCAAGACUGGUGCCGCGAUCGAUGCAUUCAACAAAGCCAAGGCUGAGCAGGGGCCAGCGGUAUCCAAGGUGCUUGAUGUUUGA